UAUAAAAACAGUUUGGUAAAGCAGCAUUUUACAGAGUCAUUCUGUAUCGUUUUCAUCUGGUUCAGCGCUAUUUGUGCGUCUUUUCUGGCAUCUGCUGUCUGAAAUAAACGUUCAGCCUAGCAGACAACAACAAUCAAUUCACCUACAGUUCAGUGUUUUCAAAGCAGUUUACCAAUAAAUGCUGGAAUGUUCCCAUUAGCCUAAAAUUGAAGAAGAUAAAGUUGGUGUGAGAAAAUUGAAAACAUGGAUGAGCCCUGCGGAAUAAAACAGGAAGAUAUUGAACAACAAAUAGACCUGAUAGAAGAGAACAAGGAGAUUGAAGAACUAGUUGAAGCAGGGGAGAAACAUCUGGUCAAAACUGAAGAGAUAUCCUGGAGUUCCUCAUUGAAAAACGACAAUAUAUGUUUCACUUGCUUUCACUGUGGAAAGAGUUUCUCAUGCAAGCAAAAUCUUGAGCUUGACAUAAUAUUUCAUUUUGGAGGGAAGCCAUAUGCAUGUGAUGAGUGCGAGAAGAUUUUCACAAUAAAAGGAAACCUUAUUGAACACAUAAAAAUUCACACUGCAGAGAAGCCACACACAUGGGAUCAAUGUGGGAAGAGUUUCCCACAAAAACAAAACCUUGAUGAACAUAAGAAAAUCCACACUCUGGAAAGGCCAUGCGAAUGUGAUCAAUGUGGGACGAGUUUCCCAUAUAAAGGACACCUUGACAAACACAUGAGGAUCCACACUGGAGAAAAGCCGCACAAAUGUGACCAAUGUGGGAAGAGUUUCGCACAAAAAGGAAACCUUACCGUACACAAGAAUAUCCACACUGGAGAGAAACCAUAUGCAUGUGAUCAGUGUGGGAAGUGUUUCAUACAAAAAGUGCCUUUUAAUGAUCACAUGAAAAUCCACAGUGGAGAGAAGCCAUAUGCAUGUGAUCAGUGCGGGAAGAGUUUCGCACAAAAAAGAAACCUUAACGAACACAUGAAAGUCCACACUGGGGAGAAGCCGUUCACAUGUGAUCAGUGUGGGAAGAGAUUCACACAUAAAGGUAACCUUAAUGAACACAUGAAAAUCCACACUGGAGAGAAGCCAUAUGCAUGUGAACAGUGCGGGAAGUGUUUCAUACAUAAAACAAGCCUUAACGAACACAUAACAAUUCACACAGGAGAGAAACCGCACACGUGUGCUCAAUGUGGGAAGAGUUAUGCACAAAAAGGAGGCCUUAAAGAACACAUGAAAAUCCACACUGGAGAAAAGCCAUACACAUGUGAUCAAUGUGGGAAGAGUUUUAGAAAAUCAGGCGUUUUUAAAGUACAUCUGCUUAGUCAUUCUAGAGAAAGGCUAUAUAGCUGUGAUCAAUGCGGUAAAAAGUUUUUUAGGGCAGAUUUUCUGAAGGAUCACCUGAAGGUUCAUACAAAGGAGAAACCUUAUGUAUGUUCUUUGUGUGGAAAGAGUUUUAGUCAGAUGGGUACUUUAAAAUUACACCAGAAAAGACACAGCGGUGUGAAGGAUCAUGUUUGCUCUAAAUGUGGUAAGGCUUUUUUUACAGAUGGUGCACUGAAAGUGCACAGGACAGUUCACACUAGAGAAACACCUUACAAGUGUUCACACUGUGACAAGAGCUUCAAACGCUCAGAAUAUCUGAGGAUACAUGAGAGGAUCCACACUGGAGAGAAGCCGUAUCACUGCCCAACAUGUGGGAAGAGUUUCACUCAUUUUUCUUCUCUAACCGCUCAUAAAAAAACCCACAUGUCUGAAAUGAUAGAGUAAUUACAGAGUAGUAGUUUUGAGUUCUGAUCUGUAAGACUGCAUAAAGCAAGUAUAUUGAUAAUUGAUUAAUCAAAGAUUAUUAGAACAAGUAAUGAACUGAUUGAUUAUUUCAGAAGAAUAUUUGAAGAGUUAAUUUGCAAAAACGGA